AACAAGCAGCGUCGUCGUGCUAUCGAGGAGGAGCUACCGCAGAGCUUGGUAGGGUUCGACGCAUACAAGUUUUGGACCCCCGAGGUGGCGGCGGCGCGCUUUAACUUUCCCACUCCAGAGGAGUUUGGGCUGUGCAGUAACGAAGCUGACGAGGAGAAUGGAGAGGCUGGAGCGUCCCGUUUAUUGAUUGACACCGUGGAACACGCCGAUCACAAUGUGGGCUUCUCUCACGAGCCGCCUCAAGACCCAGCUGAUGCUGCAUCGUCGGUUGCUGCUGCCGCUGCCGCCGCUGCCGCCGCCGCCGCCGCCCCGGCCACCGCUGUGGCGCCGGGGCAACGUAGGGCGAAGGCGUGGACAAAGACGGAGAAGGAUCUGCUUGACCCCUCCAAGUCGCCACAUUGCCUGCGUCGUCUCUUUGCGCCCAUUCUUCAACGACGACAAGAACUCCCCAAGACACUGACGCUCUUGCUUAACGCAAUUCAGCGCGUGCAGUCGAGGGGGUUUCCUGAGAUUGAGGCGCUGAUUGAGAAGGGGUACUUUCACCUGCCACUCCAUCGCUCGUUUCUACACAUCUCUUCCUUCAUCACGCGCUACCUCUCAGAGGGUUCUAGGGGCGAGGACCGCGAGCUUGCAUUUGCUGAUGUCUACAAACCUGCUUCUGUUAAGUUAAAGGAGGCGUGGGAGACAUUGCGCGAGAUGGGAGGCAAAGGCGGUGCUGCGUCCUCUACCAACGACACGGCGGCGGAGAUGGUGUACAGUACGCUGCUCAAUGAACUAUGGGAGAGGAAGGUUCUUCACACUGACUGCAACAGCGCCCUACAAAGCAUCACCGAGGACACCACCCAGCAGUUAGAUAGGAUGGAUAAGGGCCUGCAGGAGUGUGACAGUGAAUCUCUUCGGGUACUGGCGUCCCUGGAACAGAAUGCUCGCGCCUACAUGGAUAAAUUAAGAGAGGCAAUUGAACGCACCAAGUCCACCAGGGCGGAGAUUAAUGCCGAGCAUCAACGGGAUCAUGAUCGUUUGCAGUCUUCUUUGCAGGCGAAAUUAUAUCAGGCGAAAAAAAGCGAGGACGCGCAGGAGAAGCUUGCCCGACGCAUCCGGGAAACAACAAAAGAGUGGUACGCAGAGCAGCUCAGGUAUGAGCGUCUCAUGCAGGAAGUCAUUGCGGAGACUCUGGCGCUUCGACAGCUGGACCACAGUCACGAUGAGCUGGAAGCGUUUUUAGACAAACGCUGGCUCACCUCCGAGUCGGAACAAAAGUUGCGGUGGCUGACCGAUUCGCUACAACAGUCGCAGGAGUUACGCUCGGAACUCGUUACACAGUGCCGACAGCACAUUGAUCGAUUGAAGACGGAUGAACACUACCGUCGAUGCCGCAUGGUUGGCUACGCCACAGAGAACGCGUUGCAGUGGUCGCGUUGUCUGCACGAUCUCUCUCACCUGUACGAGGGCCAUUAUGACACCAUAGCCACCAAGUGCGAGGCUUCCAUGCAGUUGCGUUACCUCUUGGCCUACGAAAAGGAUCUUGUGGUGAAGGACAUGCACGGACUGCAGCGGGAGUUCUCUCUUCUGGAGAAUAACUGGGCCAAGUUGACUUCCUUGCUGGAAGAGCUGGAGUUGCCGGUGCCGCCGUUGGCGCAGUGUGAAAAGGAUUUGCCUUGCAAGCAGUUUCGCUGCAUCAUUUCUGAGCUUGUCAGUGGCCGACUCAUCUGUGGUGAUUUUGCGCGACUCUUACCAAUACGGGCAAGAGGACGGUCUCCUCCAGGGACUGGGAGAAGUGAAGCGACAGCUACCGAUGUUGGGGGAUGA